AUGAUAGGGGGAAUUUUCCCAGUUUUCAACAAGGAUGUCAGCAGCAUUGCUACAUUUGACGGGGAACCUCCUGCAGUGACGUGUGCCCUGUUUGACCUUCGGGCUUUUCGAUGGGCCCAAAUGAUGAUAUUUGCAAUAGAAGAGGUCAACACAGAUCCUGCUCUCCUGCCUAACAUCUCUCUGGGUUACAGGAUUCUCAAUUCCUGUUCAUCUCCUACAAAUACUUUACGAGCCGCACUAACGCUGGCAAGAAGUCAAAAUGAAAAAGAAACAUUUUCUGGCUGUUCUCCAGCUGUAUCCGCAGUAAUCGCGGAGGCAGGAUCUUCUCAGUCCCUGGCGGUCGCUGGAAUUCUUGGACCUUUUCAAGUCCCAGUGAGUUACUUCUCAACAUGCGCCUGUCUCAGUAACAGAGCUAAAUACCCGACUUUCUUUCGAACAAUCCCGAGCGACUACUUCCAGGCGAAAGCCUUGGCAGCUCUGGUCAAGCAUUUCGGCUGGGAGUGGAUCGGAGCCAUACAGUCAGACAACGACUACGGACGAAACGGGGUUCUGGCUUUUAAAGAGGAAGUUACAAAGUUUGGGAUUUGCAUUGCUUUUGUUGGGACGGUUCUGCGAACGUACCCUCAGGAAAAGAUCCUGAAAGUUGUAGAAAUGAUCAAACAGUCGACCGUCAAAGUCAUCCUGGCUUUUACGCCUGAGGGCGACUUUUCUCCUUUGAUGAGGGAGGUUGUGAAGCACAACAUCACUGGAAUACAGUGGCUCGCUAGUGAAGCAUGGAUCACAGCACCUCAGCCUUCAACCCCGGAAAUGUACCGAGCUUUCGGCGGAGCGUUGGGAUUUGUCGUUCAGAAGAUGAACAUCCCAAACCUAAAUCCAUUUCUUAUGAAUAUUAACCCUUACAGAGAUCCAAGUGAGCCUUUUGUGAAGGACUUUUGGGAGAUAAUGGUUACCUAUCACCUGCAAAGAGUAAAYUUCAGGAAUCGGUUUGGAGACGACGUGUUUUUUGACGAGAACGGCAACCCUCCUGCUUCSUACGACGUCAUUAACUGGCAGCUCAGAAACGGACAGGUUCCAGCGUCGGUGUGCUCAAAUGCUUGUCCAGCAGGAACCAGGAAGGCUCAGAUCAAGGGGAAACCAGUGUGUUGUUUUGACUGCGUUCCAUGUGCAGAGGGAUCCAUCGCCAACUCAACAGAGUGCACGGCCUGUCCACAGGACUACUGGUCCAAUGAGAGAAAAGAUGGAUGCAUUCCAAAGACGGUCGAGUUUCUGGCGUAUCACGAGCCCAUGGGUGUGGCACUCACAGCCGUGGCUUUGCUGGGUGCCUCCCUGUCUCUGCUCACCAUGAUCGUUUUUAUCCACUACAGAGAAACUCCUGUGAUAAAAGCCAGCAACUCAGAGCUGAGCUGCUUCUUGCUGUUUUCUCUCUUCCUGUGCUUCCUCUGCCCUCUCACCUUCAUCGGCAAACCCACAGUCUGGACCUGCAUGCUACGCCACACUGCUUUCGGUGUGACAUUCGCGCUCUGCAUCUCCUGCGUUCUGGGAAAAACCAUUGUCGUCGUGACAGCGUUCAAAGUCGUACACCCCAACAACAAACCAGCAGUGGGGCAGUUCGGUCCGAUCCAGCAAAGAAUUAUCGUUUGCUCCUGCACUUUGGUUCAAGUAAUUAUCUGCAUAUUGUGGCUGAAGCUAAAUCCACCAUUUCCCGACAGGGUUUUUAAAUACAACAGCAAGAAGAUUGUGCUGGAAUGCAACACGGGGUCAGAGGUCGCUUUCUAUGCUGUACUGGGAUACAUCGGGAUUCUUUCAGUGAUAUGUUUGGUUCUUGCAUUUCUAGCCAGAAAACUGCCCGAUAAUUUUAACGAAGCCAAAUGUAUCACGUUCAGCAUGCUGAUWUUCUGCGCCGUCUGGAUCACUUUUAUCCCAGCGUACAUCAGCUCUCCUGGAAAGUUCACUGUAGCCGUGGAAAUAUUCGCAAUCUUGUCAUCAGCAUUUGGCUUAUUAAUAAGUAUUUUUGCGCCUAAAUGUUACAUAAUCUUGGUGAAGCCAGAGAAAAACACAAGGAAACAUGUCAUGGGGAAAAAAUAAUAAACUUUUAAGAUGAAAUUAGUUAUUUUGAAAACAAUAUGGGUAUAUAGAGUCUAAAAUAGCAGAAUAUAUAUUGUUUAUUGUGUAUAAAAACAUAAUGAUAAAUGCUUACUUGAGUGGUUA